ACCGAUUCAACUGACACGAUCAACAGCGAAUGUCGUGUGAUGUAAAUUAAACAAAAACAACACAGGUUCGCUACCGCGGUCCAUCACACUGAUGUGAUACAACUUUCCAAUGUUUUUGUUUACACGCGUCUCUUAUCUUAUCAAUUUUAGAUAAAAAGCUGUAACUCAAAGUACAGAAAAGUGAAAUUUGAGUGCGUUUUUCAUUGCUGGAACCCAGAGAAGCUAUUGGCUGAAUCAAAUCAAUAAUGUCUGUGUUUAAGGCCGGAUUAUUUAAAAACUGUGUUGCUAUAGUGACUGGAGGGGGUACAGGAAUCGGCAGAGCCAUCACCUACGAAUUACUUACACUAGGCUGCAAGGUCGUCAUAGCAUCCCGGAACCAGGAAAAAUUAGAGAACUGUGUCAAGGAAUUCAAACCGGUCGGAGAGAUUUCGUCGAUAGUAUGCAAUAUUCGGAAGGAAGAUGAAGUACGAAAUUUGGUAUCCGAAACUAUCAAACGACACGGCAAAUUGAAUUUCUUGGUUAAUAACGGCGGUGGUCAGUUUAUGUCGGCAGCAGCGGAUAUUUCGUUGAAAGGUUGGAAUGCUGUUAUCGAAACUAAUUUGACGGGAACGUUUCUAUUAAGCAAGGAGGCCUACAAUCAAUGGUUUGAGAAGAAUGGAGGCGUUAUUAUCAACAUUAUUGCGGAUAUGUGGAGGGGAUUCCCAAUGAUGUCACAUACGGGAGCUGCUCGGCAUGCAGUUUUCAAUUUGACUCAAUCUUUGGCGAUAGAGUGGGCAGACAAAGGUGUUCGGGUAAAUGCAAUUGCCCCCGGCAUUAUAGAGUCACCUACUGCUGCAGCAAACUACAAAGUCGAAAAUGUUUUCGCUGAGGUAAAGGAACAUUUACCCAGUAAACGGCCAGGUAUGCCGGAAGAAGUUUCGUCAGCAGUAUGCUUUCUGCUUUCGCCUGGUGCUUCAUUCAUUUCUGGGACCACAUUGAAGGUUGAUUGCGGUAGCAGUUUAUACACAAGGCUCUACUGGCAUGUUAAUGAUCACGAGAAGUUACCAGCCAAUGAAUGGAUUCCACCAGCGAAGUUGUGAUACAAUCGUUUUUUUUCUUAUUUUGGUGAUAUGGAUGGUGUGUUACAGUUCUAAAUAAAAAAAUUUAAUUGCAUCGUUAUCGUUUGUCUAUAAAUUUAAACGAAUGCUGCAUCGAUAUCGAA